GAGAGGGGUGGGGAGGAAAUAGCUCGAGGAUCUGCAUCCUGCUUGCGCUAGCCGCGGCUGCGAAGCAGGCAGAGAGCGGGCGGCGGGUGGAGGAGGCUGAGGGGGCGGCGGCAGAGAAGAAAGUGACAGAGCCGGUUCGGCUUUAGAGUGUGGUGAAGGGUACUUUUCAUGGUGCAUGGAAGGAAAGCCAAUGCGCAGGGCAACAUGGUCCAGCCAUGGGCAGUAUGCUUGCUUUUUUUCUCCCAUCUAAGAAUAACAACUACAUAAAUCAGAUUGCCAGAGUCAUUUCUAUUUCAAAUACUCAAUCCAGUUGCCUAAGACAGUUUGGGAUAAUAAAGCACUGACUUUGAAAUCAGAGGACCUACAUUCAGACAAAUCCCAACACUGUCACUCCUUGUAAGGUGUACCAACAUUCGACCAGGAGAGACUGGAAUGGAUGUAACAAGCCGCUGCACCCUUGGAGACCCCAAUAAACUGCCAGAAGGGGUUCCCCAACCUGCCCGCAUGCCCUAUAUCUCAGACAAGCACCCUCGACAAACCUUGGAAGUGAUUAACCUUCUGAGAAAGCACCGGGAGCUCUGCGAUGUGGUGCUAGUUGUGGGCGCUAAGAAGAUAUAUGCCCAUCGAGUCAUUUUGUCAGCCUGUAGUCCCUACUUCCGAGCUAUGUUUACAGGAGAAUUGGCAGAGAGCCGUCAGACAGAAGUUGUGAUUCGAGACAUAGAUGAGCGGGCUAUGGAGCUACUGAUUGACUUUGCAUAUACCUCCCAAAUAACCGUGGAAGAGGGCAAUGUUCAGACCCUUCUGCCAGCUGCUUGCCUCCUUCAGCUGGCAGAGAUACAGGAAGCUUGCUGUGAAUUCUUAAAGAGACAGUUAGAUCCCUCUAAUUGCCUGGGCAUUCGGGCUUUUGCUGACACACACUCAUGUCGUGAGUUGCUAAGGAUAGCAGACAAGUUUACUCAACAUAACUUUCAAGAGGUAAUGGAAAGUGAAGAGUUCAUGUUGCUUCCAGCCAAUCAGCUCAUUGAUAUAAUAUCUAGUGAUGAACUAAAUGUUCGCAGUGAAGAACAGGUGUUCAAUGCAGUGAUGGCCUGGGUCAAAUACAGUAUUCAAGAAAGACGUCCUCAGUUACCCCAGGUGCUGCAACAUGUUCGUCUGCCUUUGCUUAGUCCCAAGUUCCUGGUGGGCACCGUAGGCUCUGAUCCCCUCAUCAAAAGUGAUGAAGAAUGCAGGGACUUGGUAGAUGAAGCUAAAAACUAUCUCCUAUUGCCUCAAGAACGACCACUAAUGCAAGGACCAAGGACAAGACCACGGAAACCUAUUCGAUGUGGAGAAGUACUCUUUGCAGUCGGUGGCUGGUGCAGUGGAGAUGCCAUUUCUAGUGUUGAACGAUAUGAUCCACAGACCAAUGAAUGGCGAAUGGUAGCUUCAAUGAGCAAAAGGCGAUGUGGAGUUGGGGUCAGUGUUCUUGAUGAUCUGCUAUAUGCAGUAGGAGGCCAUGAUGGAUCCUCUUAUCUCAAUAGUGUUGAAAGGUAUGACCCCAAAACAAACCAGUGGAGCAGUGAUGUGGCUCCUACAAGCACCUGCAGGACAAGUGUUGGUGUGGCAGUGCUCGGAGGCUUUCUCUAUGCUGUGGGUGGCCAGGAUGGCGUGUCUUGCCUCAACAUUGUUGAGAGGAGAUCGAAGAAAAGAAGAGCAACAACUCUCUCAUCAGAAAAGCAACCACUUUCUGGAAGGUAUGAUCCAAAGGAAAACAAAUGGACUCGAGUGGCUUCUAUGAGCACCAGAAGACUAGGCGUGGCCGUGGCUGUAUUAGGAGGGUUCUUAUACGCUGUGGGUGGCUCUGAUGGGACAUCUCCACUCAACACAGUGGAGCGCUACAACCCUCAGGAAAACAGAUGGCACACGAUAGCUCCUAUGGGGACCCGGAGGAAACACCUCGGCUGUGCAGUGUAUCAGGACAUGAUCUAUGCCGUAGGAGGGAGAGAUGACACUACAGAGCUUAGCAGCGCGGAGAGAUACAACCCCAGAACUAACCAGUGGUCUCCGGUGGUGGCUAUGACGUCCCGCCGUAGUGGAGUUGGCCUGGCAGUAGUGAACGGACAGCUCAUGGCUGUAGGAGGCUUCGAUGGCACAACGUACUUGAAGACCAUUGAAGUUUUUGAUCCUGAUGCCAAUACAUGGAGGUUAUAUGGCGGGAUGAAUUACCGUCGGCUAGGGGGUGGUGUAGGAGUUAUUAAAAUGACACAUUGUGAAUCCCAUAUAUGGUGAACAUCUAGAGACAGUCGUGUACAUGCUCCUCUGUAUUCUGGAGAGCUUUGACUUUGGAGCUUUGUAUAGCUCAAGAAAACAUUAGAACAAAUUUUAUUCUUUGCCGGUGCCUCAACAUAUGGAAAUACAAAUACAAUGAAAGUACUUCAACUGCAAGAUGCCACCUUUGCACAAAAAUUUUCAAUUCUGUGCAGAAUAUUUAUUUUUGGUUUUAAUUUAUCAUGGGUUUUUUGUCGUUGGGUUUUUUGUCGUCGUUUCAUUUUGCUUUGGAUUUAGCCUUCCUCCCACUAAAAAAGGAAAAAAAAUAAAGGUAAAAUUCUAAGCAGUGAAAGUUUAUUUUUAAGAUAUUAAGUUUGAAAAUACUAAUAAAGGGAGAAGGGCUAUAUACAUGAUCUAGUUAUUUCUAGGCACUGCAUCCACAUGACUCCACUACUUACAAGGACUACCAGUGACAAAGAUAGGUAUGCAAAGUGUAUUAUUUAGCCAUCAUGCUUGCACUAAGCACCAGAAGACUUGAAAA